CUGCACAUACACAUCAUAGUUGAGUGAGAGCGAGAGGUUAUUUUGUUUUAGGUUAAGUUAAAUCAAAUAAACCGGCUUGAUUUGCAUUGCAAAUUUGCAACCCAAAAUCGUGAGUUCUAUCAUUAAUAAAAAUUAGAAUACAAACAGAAUAUCUUGAAAAGUUAAGAGUUAACAUUUCAUCAUGUCAGGAAAUGAGAAACCUAUGAUUUACGUGAGAAAGCAGGAUGAUGAUGAAGAUGAUGAGGAAUGGGAUGAUUCUGAAAUCCUUACAGCAUAUGACAAGGCAAUCUCCGCAGUCAAGAGAAAGAUAACGAGGAAGAUUCAGAAAGAAUUAGGAUUAAAAAUUGAAGAUGUUGAAGAAUUCCUAAGUGAUUUAGAAACUAAGAAGAAAAAUAAUAGAAAGAAGUGGGCAGUAGGAAGUUCUUGUCGAGCAGUUUACUCUACAGAUGGGCAACAGUAUGAAGCAGUGGUUGUCAAAAUUGUAGACAACCACUGGUGCGUUGUCAGAUAUGUUGGAUAUGACAAUGAAGAAGAGGUGUUGAUUGAAACUCUGAUUCCAUCAAAAGGGAAAAAAGCUGUCCAAGAACAGAUUGAUGAUUCUCAAUAUGUUUUAGAAGAGGGUGAAUGUUCAGUGACUGAAGAAUCUGAACACGAAGAUAUUUACCAAAAAAAAUCCCAACAUGAAAGAAUUAAACAAGAAAUGCCAUCAUCAAUGGAAGAUAUUUCUAAGUUUAUUGAUGAAGAAGAUAAAAUAUUUCAGAAGACAAAGUUGAAGUUUCCGACAAGGCCUCCGAUGACUUUUCAUGUUCCCUUCCCACCGCAACCACCGUCUUUGGCCCGUGGCGCUUCUAUGAUGAAGAGUUCUUCAAUGAAGAGGCAGGAAGAAUUAAACUCCAUGCUGAUGUCAUGGUAUAUGUGUGGAUAUUAUACAGGUUUGUACGAAAGAGGGCAAAAUCUUCAACAUCAUUAAUGUUUCUAAAAAAUUCAAUCUUAAGCUGUUAGAUAAUCGGAAGUUGAUAUUUUUGUAUAUGUAUGUAAAUAAAAGCAUUUAAAAAUA